AGCAGCAGCAGUAGCCCGCCCCGCGCGCGCAGCCCAUGUGCUCGGCGCGGCUGUCGGCUGCCGCCUCCCGCGCGCCCUGAGCCUCGCCGGCGAGCGGCGGCGACCAAGAUGUCGAGCGCGGCGCCGCACGACCCCUUCUAUUCUUCGCCCUUCGGCCCCUUCUACCGGAGGCACACGCCGUACAUGGUGCAGCCCGAGUACCGGAUCUAUGAGAUGAACAAGAGGCUGCAGACUCGCACCGAGGACAGUGACAACCUCUGGUGGGAUGCCUUUGCAACGGAGUUUUUUGAAGAUGACGCAACCUUAACACUUUCAUUUUGUUUGGAAGAUGGACCAAAGCGAUACACAAUUGGAAGGACCCUCAUUCCUCGUUAUUUUAGCACUGUCUUUGAAGGAGGUGUGACAGACCUGUAUUACAUCCUAAAGCAUUCAAAAGAAUCAUACCACAACUCCUCCAUCACAGUGGACUGUGAUCAAUGCACCAUGGUCACUCAACAUGGAAAGCCAAUGUUUACAAAGGUGUGCACAGAAGGACGUCUUAUCUUGGAAUUUACAUUUGAUGACCUUAUGAGAAUAAAAACCUGGCACUUUACAAUUAGACAAUACAGAGAGUUAGUCCCUCGCAGUAUUUUAGCCAUGCAUGCACAAGACCCUCAGGUGCUGGAGCAGCUGUCCAAAAACAUCACCCGCAUGGGUCUCACUAACUUCACCCUCAACUACCUCAGGUUGUGUGUAAUAUUGGAGCCAAUGCAAGAAUUGAUGUCAAGGCAUAAAACCUAUAAUUUAAGUCCUCGAGACUGCCUGAAAACAUGCUUGUUUCAGAAAUGGCAGCGGAUGGUCGCACCUCCAGAGCCUACAAGGCAGCCAGCAACCAAACGGAGGAAAAGGAAAAACUCAACCAGCAGCACUUCCAAUAGCAGUGCCGGGAACAAUGCCAACAGCACCAACAGCAAGAAAAAGGCGGCGGCGGCGGCGGCUGCAAACCUGAGUCUUUCAAGUCAGGUACCUGAUGUGAUGGUAGUCGGGGAGCCAACGCUAAUGGGGGGAGAAUUUGGCGACGAAGACGAGCGACUCAUCACAAGGCUAGAGAACACGCAGUAUGAUGCAGCAAAUGGCAUGGACGAUGAUGAAGACUUCAACAAUUCACCUGCGCUGGGGAACAACAGCCCGUGGAGCAGUAAACCUCCUGCAAACCAAGAGACCAAGCCUGAAAACCCAACACCUCAGGCUUCCCAAUAAGUUGCCUGAAGCAAGUCACAAUCACUAUAUCGCAGCAUCCUUUAUGACGACAAUAACUCCCAGUUUUCAACAGAUAUAGAACCUCUUUCUAAAUGUGUACAGCUCUCUCUCUCUUUUUUAAGUUAGGAAAAUAAUUUAUAAGCUCUUGCACAUGACAUGAUACUGACACUGACCUCCAUGAAAAGAACUGAAUAUGUAAGUAGCACCUCAUGAACAUUGAUUAACACUCACAUUUCAGUGGAAGAUUCUUCCCUACGACGACCCCCCUUUAUCCCUUAAAGGCCCUAUCUAACAGAAGACCAUUAGUGCUCAGGAUCUAUUGGCCGUUUUAAAAACAUGGUGAACAAAAUACAUCCUCUUUUCCAACUUGUGCCUGAGGAGGGGUGUGUGUGUACACACACACAGUCGUACCUUGGAUCUCAAAUGCCUUGGCUCUCAAACAAAUUGGCUCCCAAACCAUACCUGCCAAGUUCCUCUCUGAAAAAUAAGGGACCGGACCGAAAUUAGCAUACCAGAAGUAGCGCGGCAGCCAUUUUGGAACUGGGCGGAGCAUGCUCAGAGGUGACUUUUGAUGCUGCUGUGCCCAGUUCCAAAAUGGCUGCCGCACCAGAAGUCGCGCUGCAGCCAUUUUGGAACUGGGCAGAUCAGCAUCAAAAGUCGCUUCUGAGCAUGCUCUGCCCAGUUCCAAAAUGGCCGCUGUGCCAGAAUAAACCGGGGAAAACCAAAAAAAUCCGUUUUUUCAGCUGGGGACAGCUGGAAAAAUGGGGGUUUCCCGGGGAAAAUGGGAGACUUGGCAGCUAUGUCCCAAACGAUCGAAACCCAAAAGUGAGUGUUCCGGUUUUCAAACAAUUUUUAGAAGCCACGGCUUCCGAUUGGCUGAAGGAUGCUCCCACAGCCAACCAGAAGCUGCACCUUGGUUAUAGAACGGUUCCGGGAGUCGAACGUAUUCCCAGAACACAUUCUGUUCGAGAACCAAGGUACGACUCUGUGUGUGUGUGUGUGUGUGUGUGUGUACACAAACACAUGGAGUUUCCUUCCCAGGUUAGCCAUUUUAAAGGGAGGAAAUUUCAUUAUGAAGAAAAGCUGCACCCUAAUAGGUUUUGUGUUCUAAGACUUUUGUCAGGGGAAGCUGCAAUAACAUACAUGAGAACAGUGAUUCUGCCUCUUAAAAAUACGUCCCAUAAAAUGUACAAAUACUGUAGGAGCUUCCUGGAGUAUCAGGUGUUACAAAUUCAAUCGCCCACACAUUGCUUGUUACAAAGUACAAUUCGUGAAAUUAAAAUUUUUAAGGCCAGCAAUAUUGACUGAUGAGAAGAAAAUGGAAAGCUGAUCCAGAAUUGGUUCUGACCCCCCAAAAAUUGAAAUCCCACGGAGGAGCUGUUCGGCAAACAGCAUCCUUUAGACAAAGAUAAUGGGUGAGAUUUUAGGUUUCUGUCAUGGGCUACGUGCAUGAAAAUCUGGCUGCUGGAUGGUGAAGAGGAGGCAGCUAGGGAUAUAACGGAGUAUUGCUCUUACCCAGAUUGGGGCCUGUGCUACUUUAGUGGUCCCUGAAGAAUUAACUUCUUAAUUGUUUCCUGGCACAAAUUGAGGCUCUCUCUGCCCUUGUUUCUUCCCCUCGUUGGUGCUGCCCUCCGUUUUUUAUUCUAGCAAUCUUUAAAGCCCACCGCUUUACAUUUGCAACUGAUUACAAAAGCACCAAGACAGCUAAAAAUGUAGUUUUGUUUCAUCCAAGAUGGGCAGGGGGGUGGGAAUUGUGUGGAGAAAGACACCCAUUCUUUAUGAGAGUUUAUGCUUUGUAAAAUUGCUGUGGAACUGAAUUUUGAAAGCCAUGUAAUCCAUUAAUUUUGUGAGCUGUUUAAACAAAGACUAUUUUUUGUGUUUUUAUUAUAUCUUAAGUUUAUUUUGUUGUUCUUUCAGGCGAUAUUUCUUGUAUAAUACUUUUGUAAAGCCCUCCAAACUAAUUUUUGAUUCCAGUAUAUUUAUGUGAAACUUUAUAAAAUAAACUAAAAAAUUUUCAUUUACAUAUUAAUAUGUUCAAUUCAUCAUGUAAAAAGAAAAAAUACAGCGAGUCAGUGUGUUAUACGAUACAACUGUAUUUUAUGUAUGCUUUGCCAAUACGUGUGCCAAUAAACUGUGUUAACAGAAGGGCUUUGUGUGCUUCCUUAUCAACAGAAUACACACACGUUAUUUCACCAGGGUGAAAUAUUUGAGCCACCCAUUUUCGUUUUUGAAUAGCACAUGUUUCUUCUAAUGACUUUUAUGAACUUACGGAAGAGAAUCAACCAUUAAAAUGUGAAUUUAUAACAGUAUUACAAAAAGUAGGGUGGUGCAGAGAAUGAGAGGAGAGUUUGUUGCACUGUGUUUAAGACCAGAUGAAAAACUUCAGGCAGCCAAAAUUGCAAAGUUCUAAGAACAAUUUUAUUGUUUCUGUCAGACAGGAGCAAUAUGAUGAUGCAGGAGAAUAAUGCUUCUCUAUCUGCAUGCCCACAUGUGCAUGUGCAGAGUAUAAAUACAUUUUCCCAAACAGCAAAACUCAGCCCCUUUGCAGUAUUUCUUUAACCAAUCAGCUGCCUUCUUAGUUUCAAGCUGCAAAGCCCUUUGCCUACUCCACUAGGUGGUGCUGUAUAACUAUUAUUGCACCUGUUACCUACUCAAACGCACCUGGGACAUCGCUUUGCAUAUACCCCUUAAAUUAGACAUUCAGUUUAGCUCGUCUAGUUUCGGGUCGGCCAGUUUGGUCAAGGGGAAUUCCCAACCGUUAAAAACAACAGGUGUUUGGCUUGUGUGCAACGGGAAAUUUGCAUUUACAGACAAGACCUGAGAUGUGCCUCAGACAAAUGGAGUUUUGCACUAAAAUGGAGUUUUACAAUUAAGAUGGAGUUUUAUUAGCCUUUGAUUAAGAGGUCAGGGGUAGUCAGAUUUGGCCCGAUGCCACAAGUUCAGAUGAGAACUCGUGCAUUUGUCAUUUGAAUUCUACUCUCAAUAUUGAUCCAGAGCAGAUUCCAAUGUAUAGUUAGCAGAGUAAAAACUUAAAACACGUUGCAGGAUUCCCAAAGAACAGACCAGAUGCAAUUGUAUUUAAUCCAGCUAAGCUUUACUGCUACUGAAGGCAAACGAGCGUAAUGGUCACAAAUCCAAUAUGUUCAAGAAUGGCACUAUCCAUAAGAAAUCCAUUUGCAGCAGACUUAAUUUACAAUAGCUUAUAAUAAGUCUAAACCUUAACACUAAGCAUACUACGUACAGAACACCACACCCGAAGGAAAAGAGAUAGAGAAAGUGAAACUCAGGCUCCUUCUGGCCUUGCUUAUAUAAUACUGUACAGGAUCAUGAAUUGAAGCCACACAAUGGAUUUGCAAAUGACUUACAUGUAAAGUCCAAUGUUUAUAGGUCUCAGUAUAUCCUGGUUGUAGCCCAGAUUAUUUUUCCUUCGAUUUUUAGCUUACCUUUUAGGUUGAUUCCAAGCUUGGGCAAUCUCACACACACCCUGGUCAAAAGCAGGGACUGGAAAGAGGCAUUAAUGGCUAUCCAUAAUGUGGCAGUAUUGAGUUUGCAUCCAUUCUCAUUUUCCAUUUGUUAUCUGCACAACAACUUUGUGAGGUUGGCUGGGCUGAGAGACGGUGAGUCUCUCGAGGUUCCAUGGCUGGCUGGUGACUUUAACCCUGGUAUCACAGGUCCUAGUUGACUUAGCAACCUUCCACCUUAUUCCCUGUUCUGGAAAGAAGAUGCACAAGUAAAUAAGCUGCAGGAGGAGAAUAAUAUUUUCCUAUAUACGUUUGGGCAUUUAUGGAGGCCCUUGUUAUGAAUCCUGUGUGUCACCUUUAAGAUUAACCAUUUCUGGCUGCAAUUCUGUACAUUCUUACCUGGAAGCAAUAUCUGUGGACUCCAGUGAGCCUUUCAUCUGAGUAAUGUGUAGCUUUGGGGGCAUGAACCCACACUAGAAAUUGUGGCAGCAAUUCUGAGCCAAGGUAAGAUGCUUAGUUAGGUGUUAAAUGGAAUGUUUAAGUGUCCAAUGUUUCUUUGCAAAGGGGGGAGACAGCGUGACAAUGAGAACAGGUGGAGACCACAAAACUUUGCUCCCAGCAGAGAAGCAAGUGUGACGGCAGACACUUCUGCUGAAGCAAUCUUAUAAUUCACUUUUCAGUUUAGUUACGUGCUACAUUUUUGUGCAACUGCAAUGCUUAAGUGUCUACGGUAUCUUUGCAAGGGAGAAAACCAGAACUGUUCAGGUCCCUGUGACCUCAUUGGCCAUGCCCCCAUGACUUCUUUGCAUCCUCUGAGCUUAAAAAACAAAACGUUAAAAUUCCGCAAAAGUAAUUCCAUGUCUUGUAGCACAAAAAGAUCUUCUGAGAACAGUAUGAAUAAUGCAAGUUAAGCAAAUCUAUAUAUUUAUCCUCUCUUACAUUUGUAAAACUUGCCCUGCUCAUUGAGGGGUCUAAAGCACUAUGCAGGCUCUGAAGCUGUGCCCUACUGGGAUUCUUACCUGGCUUCUAAGUUUUCAUCAGACGUUGCCCCUACAUUUCCAAACUUCUUUGCAAACACAAAAGAUAGCAUAUUUGUGAGGGGGAAAGAGUACAGAGAGCCCCCCCCCAUCCUGAGGAGUAGUUCCUCCACCAGCAGCGGAGCCAGCGGGGAGGGGGAAGAGUCCAGUGGGGAAGGAGGAAGUAGGAGACAGGGCUCUGGCAGGAUAGCAGAGCCUCUGCUGCACGUGGGAGAG